AUGCUCGGCCGUACGAUCCGCCGUAUUUAUCGACGAGUACCUCCCACCCAGCCGUCGCCUCUCCCUCCUCCCCGCCGUCGCCUCUCCCUCCUCCCCGCCGUCGCCUCUCCCUCCUCCCCGCCGUCGCCGCUCCCUCCUCCCCGCCGUCGCCGCUUUCUCCUCCGCGCCGUCACCUCUCCCUCCUCCCCGUCGUCGCCUCUCCCUCCUCCCCGUCGUCGCCUCUCCCUCCUCCCCGCCGUCGCCGCUCCCUCCUCCCCGCCGUCGCCGCUCCCUCAUCCGCGCCGUCGCCUCUCCCUCCUCCCCGCCGUCGCCUCUCCCUCCUCCCCGCCGUCGCCUCUCCCUCCUCCCCGCCGUCGCCGCUCCCUCCGCGCCGUCGCCUCUCCCUCCUCCCCGCCGUCGCCUCCGGCGACAGGUGCCCGGAGCGCAAGCGCGGGUUAG